CAAUACUUACUUGUGGGUGGAAGUAUGGAUAGUAUAAAGAAUGCUUCGACAAAAAGGUAAAGGAUGCUAAAUUCAAGAAGGCAGGACAAGGUCAGAGUCUUACAGCAUCCAAUUGGUAUCAGUCAAGGCCAUCUCAGCAGUUGCCAAAACAGAGAUACCGGCCAACUCAUGAUGCCCAGGUUGCAGGAGCAGCAGCCUUGGCUAGGUUGGAGCAGCAGGUUAAGAAGACAGAUGUUGAUUGGACCCAGCAUGCUAUUAAAGCGCAGGCGAGACGGGAAAUGGAGGCUGAGAGAAAGGCGAUGGAGGAGUUGAAAAUUUCCGAGUCUGGAGCUGAGGAUUUCAGACCCAAGGAAGUUGAUUGUGACAGUGCUGCUGUGUUAGCUGUGCAAGGCGUCUACUUUUAUUGCCCUCUUCUUGGACCAGAUAUUGCCACAUACAAUGAAAUUAAACAAGAGAUCAGGGAAUUUCUGUUUAGCCAAGUUGAAGAAGACAAGGGUGUUUCUUCUUGCCUUAUCAUCCACACUUGUAAUAAAAAUAAAGAAAAGGUGAAUAUAUGCAUAGAAACACUCAGUAAAUAUAUAGAAAAUAUCUUAUCAAAUCCCACGGAGGAAAAAUUCCGCAAGAUUCGCAUUAGUAAUAAAGCAUUUCAGGAGAGAAUAGAACCAAUAGAUGGCACAAAGGAGUUCUUAGAAGCUGCUGGGUUCUCUAUAACAGAGCUUCCUUUUAAUGACACUACAGAGAAAUUUUGGGUGUUUCCAGAAGAGAAACUCAAUGACCUUAGUACUUUGGAACAACUGCGAGAUGCUUUGGUUAGUGCUGAACCAAUACGCCCACAACUUGACCGAGGUGUGAGAGUUCUUCUGCCAGCUGAAGCAGCUACACAGAUAGACUUACCUCCAGAAUUUUUCAAUAUGACCACAGAUGAAUUGAAACGGGAAAUGCAAAACAGAGCCAGAGAUGUUGAAAGAAACCAAAUGCUGAUGACAAAGGUAAUGAGGGAGAAGUUAGAGAUGAGAGAAAUCAGGAAGUACAGAUUUUCUCUUAUUCGGGUUCGGUUUCCAGAUGGAUUGAUACUACAGGGUACUUUUGGAGUCUAUGAGAAAUUUUCAGAGGUAAUGAACUUUGUAAGAAGUUACUUGGUGAAUGACUGGCGACCAUUCAUUCUGACUCUCAGUGGAGGAGGAAAGAUUACAGAAGAAGAUCAGAAUCUAGUGGAUUUGCGACUAGUCCCAGCUGUAGUUUUCAAUUUUACGUGGGACCCAAGUGUACAAGACCCAAAUUUAGAUGACAAUGUUUAUUUAAAUGAUGAGACUCAUAUGCUUUUACAGUAAACCAAUAAACCGAAACUCUUUGGGAAAUAUAAAAGACACCGUUUAUCAAGAUCAACAUAAUACUGCUUUCAAGAUUGUAUUUAUUGUUCUGCUAUAUAUAAUGCAAUAUCUUAAUCAUUUGAAUGUUGUAAGCUUUUUGAUUUUAUUCAAAUUACCUACAAGUAUUUUAUUCAUUUACUAUUUGUGGAAUUUGUAGUUUUUUACACUACAGAUGUUUUAGCAUCAAGCUGUGAUACAGGUGUACCACACAUGAAAAGUUUGCUGUAAUGCCAAGAAAUAUUUAUCUAUUUUCUAGUAGUGUAGACCUUAAUAUACUUUGGGGGGGGGGGGGGGGAUAAUUGAUUCACAUCAUCAUAAACUUUUAUUGUUAUAUCUUUUUACACAAUUUUUGUUUUUAUGAAGCACAUUCUAUCAGAGAGAAGGAAAAUGUAAAUUUCUUGCCAUGUACAACCUGCAAAUGUGCCAUGUUUACACCAAAUCAUAUGGAGCAGAGCAGUUGUAGGUAUUUUUAUUUAUUUUUUUUUUUUUACUUACCAACCCCUUUUGCUGGUUAACAGAACCCUAAAAACUUCCUAUUGGUAGCAAUUUUACUUUGCCAAAUGGAAAAUAAUAUUGUGCUACUAUCCUUACUAUACUGGUACAUAUAUUUGUAUUUGAUUGCUUAAUUAUUUUACUUUGUUUUUGGCUGCAUCAAAGCAUAUUGCCUCUUGGGAAAACUAUCCUAGCAUUUUAUUAAAUAUUAGCUAAAUGAAUAUUUUACUCAGAAUAUGCUUUCCUACCCUCUUCCUUCCUAACCUUUCUCCCUAAGUGAAGUAUAUUUAUGAGAAAAACAUAAUUUUUAAAUGUAAUGAGUCAUUUGGUUAGCCAUUAAACAUAACUGGUUUAGAACUACAAAAUGAUUUAUGUAAGGUUGCAGGUCCUUUAAGAACCUUGUUCAGAAAAAUUCAAUCUUACUUGUAAUGUUUAAUGUUUAUUGACUUGUGACAAUUUAUUACUAAUAAUAAAAGAAGCUUGUAGUUUAAUGUAUUAGACUCUUUGUACUACAUGCACUCUGAAGCAGAUGGUUGCAUCCUGUAUAUAGGAGCUUGCCUGCAUCAGGACGGUUUAAUAGGUGCAUUUCUGUGAUACAAGAAUGAUUUGGUUUAAUCUGUUUCAUGUUUUGUCAUUUUUUUUCAGUUUGAGUUUGACAGUUUAGAUAAUUUAAUUUUGCUAGCAGUACUCAAUUCCAGUGAUCUUUUUGAUAAAAUAUAACAUUCUUAAAGUAAUUUGUAUUUUUCUUAACUAUACAAACCUGAGGUCAUUUACAAUAGGAAUUACUUUUAGCGCAGCUCGAAAACAACCAUUUAUUUUUAAACAAGGUUAUUAUUAUUAUUAUAAAGGAUUAGUUUAUCCAGACCUCUGAGCCUAACAACGGCUCAUCUCGGGCUGGUUUAAACAAGGUGAUGGGGUGAUGGAGUAUGUAGUUAACUAUUGGUGGGAUUCCCGCCAGCCAGUCUGUAUACGCCCACUUUGCCUUUUGGCCAAGGAAGCAGAAUGAGGGCUGGCUGAGGUUGGCAUAUAACUUGUAAAGGACCUGAGGUUUGUAUUUUUAGGAAAUAUACAAAUAUUUAAGUACUUAAAAAUUUGUUAUUUAUUCCUAUACAAUAUACAAACUGUCUGUCCUUCACAAUAGGAAGACUUACUUCUUGGAAGGAGGAUGCUGAAUGAGCUUCUGAACUGACUGGAGUUCGCCUCACCUGGGACUCCAUCCUGGUCUUGUAAAAGCAAAGGAAGGAGACCAGCCUCUUGACGUGUUGAACAGAAUUGUGAAUGACUGUAAGUUCAAUCGUCAGACUUCUGGACCUUUCGAAUUAAUGUGUGUGUGUGUGUAGCAGCAUUGCUUUGAAAAAGGCUUGGAUGAACCCAGAGCUUCAGAGACGAUAAAACUCGAGAUAACCAAUGGGUUUGCUUUAUCAUCAGCCCCCCCUCUCCCCUUGCUAGAGAGAGAGAGAGAUGAGAGGACUUUCAUCCAUUAAUCUGUCCACGAUUAUAGACAGGGUGCUCUAGACUAACGGGGGACUGGUGUCAGAGGCAUAGGUGUCUGUGUCCAUGAGACGAGACUCGUGCUUCUGUUGCUCUCGUGGCACAGGGUUCCGAAGAGCCCUGUACCAUAGUUCCCACUUCUGUAAACAGAGAAUGGCAACCGAGAGAUCCCUUGCCUCUUCUGAGGCUUGAAGAUUGUUCCGUGGGUUUUGUGAGAUUGUUUCAACCAACAACUGAGGAAAUGGAAUGAUGGAACAGUACACUGGCAGCUAUAGCUUCUGUUGACUAUUAUCAUUGGGAGGCUCCAAAGACUAGGAAACCUUGUGUAAAGUCUGGGUAUGAGGGCCAAAUCCCUGUUACCUGAACCUAGUGAUAUGCUUGAUCACUAUUAUGUUCAGAUUCCCGGGGAUGUACUUGGCUAAAAGCUCUGCUGAGUGUGCAGCCACCCACUCGUAUACUUGCAACGUCAACCUGUAGAGUUGGAGGGAAACCUGCCCCCUCUCCCCUUUUGUCUGGUUAACAGAAGUUACUCUUGCUGUGAAGGGGGUAUUGACACUCAUCCGUACUGGAGAGAACUUUACCAAGAUCCUGAACCUCUGUAAAUGCUAAGGAAUCUGUCCUGAGUCAAAUAUUGGUGUGGAGAUCUUUGCCAUACUGGUUCUGAUCACCUAGAAGAAAUUCUUACAGGUGUGUGCCUCUUCACUUGGUCAAUGUACUUGAGAACAGGGGUGUGUCAGGGAGGGGGAGUGGGCAGAGGCACUCCAACGAAGUUCCUGUUGUUUAGUCACUUGGAUAGUUCCCACAUCAUUUCCUUCUCAUAGGAAUGGAAAGGAAUAGGAAUUCCUGUACCAGAGACAAGAAUUCUUGCAUUCUCCACUGAAGGAACAAAGGGAAGCAAUUCCUGAGGGCCCGGUUUCCCCAAGGGCAACAGGUGAACAAGGACAACUUUUUACUGUUGAGCUGUAUGUUCCUUAGUAGCAGGGGUAACUGAACUCUUUUCUGAACCUGCUGAUAUGGGACUGAGACCGAAACACCAGCAUGACUGGACACUUAAGUGUUCUGCGCAAGUGAGUAGUUGAGCUUCUCAAACUUGAACUACGCUGCCAAAUCUUGCCAAGUAGAGAAGUUGUCUCCUGUCCCCAGAUAAGAACAAUAAUGUAUCAGGAAAUACAGAUCCUAAUGGGUGCUGACAGUACUCUCUUCAGGGAUGCUUGCACCUUACGAUGUGCCCUAGUCGUCUUCAAGGCGAAAGCUCUCUUGAGAGAAGACUGAGGAAGUUAUCUCCUUGUUGCAUCUCUUGAGUGCUUAAACCUUGCAUCAGAAGCACCUGAAUGCUUCAACACCUCUUGUACUGUGACUGAACCAGGCACAGUACCAGACUGGGGAGUGGAUUCUUUAGUAGUGUUUUGGAGUACUUGAGGUUUUGGCAAAAUCCAAGUACCAGGACUGACUCAAAGCUCCCAAAUCACGUCAAGGACGAACCAGAGGAGCCUCCUCUACCUGAGUGUCUGAGAAACCCCUAGAAUAGGCAGGCACUGCACCAGCCUUGGAAGAAGACUACCCAGAACUGGUUCCGAGUAUGCAAAUCUUGAAGAUCCGUGCACUCGUGCUCUCAAAGGACAAUACCUUGGCAAGGUAUGUGAUAUGGCCUCUUGAGUCCUGAGACUGGGAAGAGCCAAUGAGAGAUCCCUCUGCCUCCCCUGUAGAGGGUAGGCAGUCCCUUAGAUCUUUUGGGGAGGAGAAGCAACCUUCUUCUUCUGCUGGUGAGCGUCCAAAGAAGAAGGUGAGGAGGUGACAGCAGAUGAAGACGAUGAUUGUGACUUCUCUUUCUCAACUCCUUCUUCCUAGAGAGCUUUUCAAGAUGGCAUUGAGCAGCAGCUUCCCCAUUUCAGGUGGGUGUAGCAGGAGCAGCAGAUGAGAGGGUAACAGGAUAACUCAUGGCAGGAGCAUGUGGAGAGGCAUGGUUCAUAACCACUGGGUAAAUCUUGACCAUGGCAAGGCCAUUGAGACUUUGAGGUUCUUCCCAUGUCCCUCAAAGUUCCAGUGGAUGAUGAUUGGCCCACAGAGAAAACCAUACAGGCAGUCCCCAGUUAGUGGUGAUCUGGUUUUAAGGGGCUUAUCUAGCGACGACAAUUCUUGCCACCAAUAACCAGGGAUCGCCGUUAUUAUCGACGAUGACCAGGGACUACCUGUAGUUUCUUCCUGGAAAUCGCAAAUUGUCGUAUUGAACAGAUGAUCUCUGGACGUCCCCAAGUCCCUUGGUAAACUCUCUACCACUCAAGCAUAUCCCUGGAAUCUUGAGCAUAAACUUCUGUGGUCAGGAAGGCUUGGGAUAGUGAACGUUCUCAGUUCUGAACACCGGUUCUGUCCUGGCUCUGGUUCCUGGAAAACUCCAAAGAGAUAGAGGGGACCAGUGAGAGAUACCUAGCAUCCUUGCCGUACCUGACAGGCGAGUAAGGCUGUGGGCAGCUGUACGGGUCUGAGAGAGCACUCCCAUUCACACAAACUUUGAUGGGACUGUCCCAAAGACAUGCUACAGUCUUCCUAAAAGCAGAGGUCUCCUUGGGAGAAGACUGGAUGGAGAAUCCCCUUAUGGCUUUCCUAGGUGAGCAGACCAGUAGGCCACUGUCACCAAUCCCGGACCAUUGCACAUUUCCCGCACAGGAGCAUAUGGGAGCAGGCAGGGGUCAAGUAAGAGCUGCACACUCUACUCACUCUCUCUGCUGGUUAGGGUCUGGGUUUGUAGACGUAACCUUCACCAGACCAGGAAAAAUUCCCAGGAGUGGUGCCGUUUCACGGAGGGUCCGAGGAACCCCAAGCAGUGGUUGCUCCUGUGCCAGAUAGUCAACCGAGAGUUGCAGUACUGGUAGCCAAAGAUCCCGAGACUUCUCCAUGGGAUAAAGUUGGCUGUCAGAAGCCCUACGGGACCUUCUUCUUCCUCCACUUGGUAGCUUUGAAAGAAGGAGAGGAGAUGACAGCACUCGACAAAGAUGACGUAGAUGAUGAAUUCUCAAAUUCCACUAUUGGUACAACACUGUUCCUGUACAGGAAUGAAUAGGAGGACUAAACAGUCAAUUGUGUGCAGAAGCGAAUUGAUGAAGCCACAAGUUCCAAGAGAACCCGAGCUACAGCUGCUUCAUGCCUGUAAACAAAUCAAAAUGAGCAAUCAGCAACAUACAGGGCAAUACUGCAAGUAAUCCCAGCAAGAGAAGCCUUACUCCUGGGUACUCUAUCUCUACAACAUCUGAAAAAAAAAACAUUACAAUGUAAAAUAAAUUUUCAGCAUACAAACUUUCCUUCGCAAAGCAAAGGAAUAAUAUUCUACCGGGAGAAUAAAAUUCUUUUCAAGAGAAUAAAAUUCUCUCCGAGAGAAUGUAAGUCAUAGAGCUAAACACAAGCAAAAUGAAAAAAACCAGUUUAAGCCUGUUGCCUUAGCAAUGUUAAAACCAGUUUGAUACAUCAUUGGCUAAUAAAAGUCUUAGGUUUUGCAUAAAUCAGUAUGACCACUAAAUCAGAAUACUGAAUAAGUAAACAAGUUAAAUAAGUUAUAUUGCAUAUUUGUAUUAUAUAACACGUUAUAUCCAUAUAUCAGCAAUAUCAUCAGUAUGCUAAAACAUAAAGUCAAAUGGCAGUAAAGAGAAGAGCGGAGAAGAGCACACAUCCUUCUUCACCAGAGACCAAAAGCAAAGUGGGUGUAUACCGACUGGGUGGGGAGGACUCCUACGCGUAGUUAGUUAAACGCUAAAUGGCGUUUUCCAGCUGCGCUGAAAGUAAUUCCAAUUGUGAAGGACCAACGGUUUGUAUAUUGUGUAGGAACAAUAUGCUUAUUGCAUCAUAAAUCUUAGAACAUGCCUUUUCAGUGAAAUACACACAUAUAUAUAUAUUUGA